AUGCUGUUUUUGAAUAUACAUCCCGUUUGGAGUCACAACCAACCUUUACCGCCAAAUGUUAUUUCAGUUUGGGGAAUUCAUAAAAUACCAGAGAAACCACUUCCUAAGGACCUAGAACAUUAUUUGAAUUCAUCUGAAAAUGGCGUAAUAUACGUCAGUUUUGGAAGUAACGUUCUUUCUGCUUUUUUUCCACCAACAGCACUUAAAACUUUAAUGGAAGUAUUUUCUAAAUUGCCUUAUGAUGUUCUUAUGAAGUGGGAUGACAAAAAUCUUCGAGGGAUCAGUAAUUUACUUUUACUUCGAGGGAACAGUAUCAAAUUAUCUACAUGGCUUCCACAAUCAGAUCUAUUAAAACAUUCGAAGAUAAAACUAUUCAUCACACAAGGAGGUUUACAAUCAACAGAUGAAGCCAUCACUGCUGGUGUUCCUCUUAUUGGUAUACCGCUGUUUGCAGAUCAAUGGUAUAAUGUAGAGCAAUACGAGAACCAUAAAAUAGGAGUAAGACUUGACAUAGAUAAUUUAACCGAAGAUAAUCUCCUCAAAGCAAUAACAACUGUUAUUGAUGAUAAAAGCUAUAAGGAUAAUAUUAUGAGACUUCGUUCUAUUAUGAGAGACCAGCCCCAGAGCGCAUUGGACCGCGCCGUGUGGUGGACGGAGUACGUGCUGCGGCAGGGAGGGGCGAAGCACCUGCGCUCCCCCGCCGCCAACAUGCCCUGGACUGAGUACUAUGAGGUUGACUUCAUAUUUAACAUUUUCGAUCAAGCGAAAGCAUUAAAAGACAUAUUGGUUGAGCUUACAAAGGAACAGGUGAACACUAAAGAAAUACAAGAGCUGAUCAACAAUGGGAAAAAUAAAUAUGAUUUAUUAAUGAUAGAAGCAUGUGUAAGGCCAUAUAGAAUGCUUUCCCAUAUAUUCGAAGCACCUGUUAUUGAAAUAAAUGAGGAACUGUCAAUAUUUCGAAAAUGGCUGGGUAACGAUGUACCUGGUUAUGAGGAAUUGAACAAAAAUACUGAAAUGCUAUUUUUGAAUAUGCAUCCCGUUUGGAGUCGCAAUCAACCUUUUCCACCAAAUGUUAUUUCAGUUUGGGGAAUUCAUAAAACGCCAGAGAAGCCACUUCCAAAGGAAAUAGAAGAUUAUUUGAAUUCGUCCAAGAAUGGCGUAAUAUACGUAAGUUUUGGGACUAACGUUCCUUCUUCCCUGUUUCCACCUACAACAGUUGAAACGCUAAUGAGAGUAUUUUCCAAAUUACCUUACGAUGUGCUGUUGAAAUGGGAUGACAAAAAUCUUCCAGGAAUCAGUAAUAAUAUAAAAGUGUCUACGUGGUUCCCACAAUCAGAUCUAUUGAAACAUUCGAAGAUAAAGCUGUUUAUCACACAAGGAGGUUUACAAUCAACAGAUGAAGCUAUCACUGCUGGGGUUCCUCUUAUUGGUAUACCGAUGCUUGGUGAUCAAUGGUAUAAUGUAGAACUAUACGAAUACCAUAAAAUAGGAGUAAGACUUGACAUAGACGAUAUAACUGAAGAUAGUCUCUUUAAAGCAAUCAAAACCGUUGUUGAUGAUAAAAGCUAUAAAGAUAAUAUUAUGAGACUUCGUUCUAUUAUGAGAGACCAGCCCGAGAGCGCCCUGGAGCGCGCCGUGUGGUGGACGGAGUACGUGCUGCGGCACGGAGGGGCGAAGCACCUGCGGUCCCCCGCCGCCAACAUGUCCUGGACUGAGUACUAUGAGAUUGAAUUUGUAUUUAAGUUACUUAGUUUAGUCAUUGCGAUCCUGUUUACAAUUCUAUUAAGCUUAUAUCUUCUAUAUGUUCAUGUGUUUCGGCAAAAUCUCAAAGUGAAAAAUAAGACAUCGUAA